AUGAAGCCUGGGGAGGGUUACUAUGACUUGGGGCCCAUCGACGCCUGGUCCUCGAAGCCUCCGGUGAAGGAGGACGACGCCGACCGCAAGAAACGGCGUGCCUCCAUAGAGAAGCAAAAGUCCGUGAAGGACGCAGAGAAGAAGAAAGAAAAGAAGAAGAACCUCGAGCGGCAAGCGCUUGAGGAACGCCGAGCCAAGUCGAGGCAUGGGGGGGAGUCUGAGGAGGACUCCCCUGACGAGGAUGACGAGAAUGAUGAUGAUGACGACGGCGAUGAUUUCGAGGGAAUGGCGGCUCGCCUUGACCAGAUCCUACAAGACCUACUGCAAACUGACGUUGCCACGUUGCGUGCGGGGCCUCCAAGGGGCCACAAGGUGAGCCUCACGACAGGCGCCAGAAGGAGGCGUCCCCUCGCCACCCACACGCCGACACGCCCCCUGAUCCCGCCCGGGGGAAAUCCCAUCCAGCGUCUGGUCCAGGCCACAGGGUCAAAACCUCUACGACGGGGCCGUUGA